AUGAAGAGCUUGUCUGAAGUUGCUAGAGGGAUACUUAUUACCUUUGGGAUUAUAAGAUUUUUUUUUUUUCCUGGAAUUUUUGCCUUUUUUCCUUUUUUUUUUUUUUUUUCUUACAAGCCUUGGUUCUUCAGAUGGAGCAUUUGCCCUGCCAGUCCCAUUUGGAACGGAGCUUUGUGGGAGUCUAGUUUUGCCUUCGGCAUAUUGAGCAUCACGGGCGCCUCAGUGCGCUUUGCCGCUCCCAUCACAUCUCUUCUCCUUGGCCCACACUGCUCGUUUGCUGGAGUCACGGGGCCCAACCACCCAAGUUACACAAUCCUGUUCCCCUUCCCCUGCGCUGACUUCCCAAACCUCUGCAAAGACCCAUCGCGUUAUGAGUGGUACCACCUCACCCUGCAAAUAUUGGACCUGUGCUCGAGUCUGGCCACAUUCUGUGCACCUUUAGUUUUUGUGAUGACUUCUGUGAGGCUCCUCCCGUUUGGACACUUAAACAUGAGCAUCGGUCACGGUGGGGAAGGUGGAUUGCCAGCUGUAAUGCCUUUAGCCAGGAGGGUGGCAUGGCUGUGCAAUGACAGGCAGAUCCCAAAUGCUCUCACAUCAGGAUCAGAAGUGCCCCUGAAGCCACGUGCAUCAUUCCAGUAA